AUGGUGAGUGACAUCGCGACAGAUGACAGAGUAAUCGCUCCCACUUUCCCCGCCUACAUGUUCCCAUGCAGGCUGCAAAUUGGGGAAUAUGAUCAGAUGCUAUUUUAUGAUACUGAGGCCUUCACCUUUACUGCAGUAGAAUGGCACCAGAAAGCUUUGCUCACCAAUUUCUCCAUGAACCUCAGUGUGCUUCUGUUUAUGUUGACCCAGUCUGUUCAUGUCUCUGGGAAAACCUGCCCCCUAAACAAGAGGAAAAAGCUCUGCAAGAUCAUAACUGACUUAUCACAUAUCACUCAGGAUGAGUAUGAGUCAGAGCCAGAGGCGUCCGAGUUCGACCUGGGAACAAAGAUCAGGACUCCCAAAGACAUCAUGCUGGAGGAGCUUUCCCUGUUAAAAAACAAAGGCUCCAAGAUGUUCAGGAUGAGGCAGAAGAGAGUGGAGAGGUUCAUCUAUGAGAACAACCCUGACAUCUUCAGCAGUGAGUCUAUGGACAACCUCCAGAAGUUUGUUCCCUCUCUGGGAGGUCAGAUGGGAGGUGACAUGAUAAACGUUGGUGGGCAUUUUGUUAGCAAACAGGUUGGAGGAAUGCAUUUUGGAGGUCCCCCUGUGCCUCCUCCGAAGCCUGGAAGCAAAGGUACAGCAGGAGGUGCAGGAGGACUGGGUGGGGGCGACCAUGAAAAAGGAGAAGGAGCAAGUGAGUGGUCUCCACUGAAAGGAGGUGGAAGUGAUGAUGCAUCUAGGAAGCUGCUUCUUAUGAAGACUUACAAGUCGCCAUGGGAGAAGGCCAUGAAGGGUGAUGAAACUCUGAUAGCCACUAUGAAAACAGGAAUGCCUGGUCCCAUUGAAAAAAAGGAUGCGGAAAAGUACAAAUGCUUCAACAGGUUUGCCAUGCCCUUUGGCGGCUUCGAUAGGGCCAACCAGUUCAUGAAAUUCCAGCUGCCAAAAACUGUGGCCAAACAGGAGCCUGAACCCGCAGUGGUGUACCAACAAGACAUCGGCUGCCGGCCUUCCUUCAACCGCACUCCUAUUGGCUGGGUGGGUAGCGGUGAGCCCGACACCAUUCACAUGGAGCCAGAUGCUGUGCCCUUCGAUGGAGAGACAGACGAGCUGUGA